UCAUUUACAAAAGGAUUGGAAACUAAAAGAACUGGUUUCCAAAGACCAGUUUAAAUGAAUGCUGAAAGGUUUGAAAAUGAGAUCUAUGGUUUGGAAUAAAUUAAUAAUUGUGAUUGCUGUCAUGGAUAAGACUCCUUAAAUAAAUAAAAACUUAAAUAAAAAUAAAAACAAUCUGAGAUAAACACUUAAAUUUCCUUUUUAAUUGGCAAAUUCCAAAUAAAGACCAACACUAUGUAUCUGUAUGUCUUUUCCGUUUCUUAUAAGAAAACCUCACUGUGCUGAUAUGAGCCCUAAAGAUAAAGUGUGAACGUUCACGUCCUGUGUUAGAACACUGAUGCAUCACAGAGGAGCACACACUGAAACCCAUUUUUAUGGAAACUCCAUAUCACAGAAACAGCCAUGUUUGCUAACUCCUUUGUAGCAGCCAGCCGGCCCGUGGACAUAAAUGUGGUCUCCGUCUGGGUGAGUGUGGCCCUCGAGGUUGUCACUGUGGUCUUGGGCAUUUGCGGAAACUCAGCAGUGAUCUACGUUGCUGCACUCCAAAUCAAGACCAAAGUCACAAAUGUGUGGCUGGUGAACCUGGCCAUAGCAGACCUGAUCUUCUGCUUCACCAGGAUCUUUGGCAUCUCCUACAAACUCCUCUCCGACCAUUGGCCUUUUGGAGUCUUCAUCUGCAAAUUCACCGGCUUCUUUAAAUACACCAACAUGUUCUGCUCGGUGUUCCUUCUGGCUGUGAUCAGUCUGGACAGAGCUCUCUGUGUUCAGAGACCAUUUUUCAUCAAAACAGAGCGCACUCUUUUUGUGGCUCGAUUGGUCGCUGUGUGUGUGUGGGCUCUCGCUAUCGUUCUCAGUAUCCCUUAUUUUAUGCAUCGCCAAAUCUACCUGGGCACUAACAACAAAACUAAGUGCUCUAUAGAAAAAGACCAGAACGCCAAAUUCUACCUGUUCUGGCUUCGUUUUGUGUGUGGCUUCCUGUUGCCUUUUGUGGUCAUUCUUGUGUGUUAUAUUCUGACCGGUUUAGGAAUCAAACGUACAAAUACUAAUAGGUCCAGGAAAUUGCGCUCCCUGAAGAUCUUGGUGAUUCUGGUCAUCGCUUUCUUCCUGUGCUGGGCUCCGUACCACUGUCUCCAGCUUUUCAGAAUGGCCGACAGAUAUACAGAGGUUUUGAAGCCUUGGCAACGCAUCACCAGUGCCAUAGGGUACUUCAACAGCUGUGUGAACCCAAUACUGUAUUACUGUUUGGGGGCGGGGCUAGGGGGAUGCUUCAGGCACCGUUUACACAGAGUGUACAGCAGAGCAAUGGCCGACGUCACAGAAGAAGAAGCCUGUCAAGGGAAAUGAUUCUUUUUUCAGUGAGGACAAAAACGAUCACUGCUCCAUGAAUAUGAUAUGAUCUAUCUUCAUCAAAUUAAAAGUGUAUUUGUUUA